AUGAUAGGGGCGGCAAUGCCUUUUGUUUUCGUCCGUUUUCAUCCAAAAGAUGGCAGUAGAGAGGAGUACAUCAAACUUGGUGUCCCCCUUUAUGAAGCAUCAAUUAAAGGCGACUGGAAAGCUGCUAAAGCCAUUAUCAGUGAAAAACCAGACUUGGUACGGUAUAGCAUCACUGAAAACAGCGGAACAGCACUUCAUAUUGCCGCAUCGGCUAAGAAAACUAAACCGAUGCAAGACUUUGUGAAAAAAUUGGUGGGGUUGAUGACAAAAGAAGACUUGGAACUACAAAAUAACAGUUCCAACACUGCCCUGUGUUUAGCAGCUGCGGCUGGAAACGUUGAAAUGGUUAAAAUUUUGGUGGAAAAGAACCGCGCGUUGCUCACAAUUCCUGGUAGUCAACAAAUGAUGCCACUCUAUAUGGCUGCCUUAUUUGGACAACAUGCCACGGUGGAAUAUCUUUAUAAUGAAUCCAAGGGGUUGCGUGAUGAUGGCUGGAAUCCGCAGAACCGUGGUUGGCUACUUCAGACUAGCGUUGGAGCCGAACUGUUCCGUAAGCAUUCUACCAUGUUGUAG